AUGUCUGGUGGCAGUGAAUCAGGCGCUGGGCCUUCGCGUGAUCCAGAUUUCGACCUCAUCGACCUUGCAGCUGAGGACGCAGCGACAGCGCAGCAAUUGAAGUUGUUUGAGAAACUGAUCCUUAGUAAUGGUCCUUUUCGCCAAAAGAUCCGUGAACGGAAACAACAAUACAUCAAAUAUGGUGACCCGGACAAAGCAGACCGACUGAAUGAGACAAUGGUGCGCGUGCUUCGGAUCUGCCUCACCAAAGAUGCUUCGCCCAUAGACUUUAGAUAUGAAGACGGCUCUGAACAAGAUCGAGCUUCGGAAGAAGCCGAUGUCGACUGGGACGAUCAAGAUGGUCUCUUCCACCGGAUCGCCAAUGGCGAGGCCAGCAUGACCCAAAGAAGCAUUUUCCGAGACCGAUUGUUGCGCAGUAAUAUUCUUUAUUCACGCGUCUCAAAUUUGCAAAAGGUGUGGGCAUCAAUGUCAUCACAUGAAUCACAGAAAAUGGCUAAAAACCUGGAACGUGCCCUGACACGCUGCGAUACCAUGCGUGCGGAAAUGCAAAAGGAUACUUUAUUGUCGGGAGAAUCGUCCCGGGAUAUCUCUCUGUCUGUUGGAACUGUAUCUGGAGGAAGUCGCCCGGCUCCAGAAGGUCCAUCUCGGCCCAGAGAGUCCCACAUCACAAGUGCCAAAAAGCGUCCAUCCCUGACACCAGAUCAAAGUCUCGAGGAAGUUGAUCUCAUCGAGCUGGUAGCCUGCUCCACAGCCUCGGCUACGCAGGUGCAGUACUUUGUGAGCGAAUUCAAGAACAACAAAGCAUUUCAACACCGUGUUCUGGCGCGUGAUAAGAAAUAUCUUUCGUCCAACUCAUCCGAGGAUUACGAGAAGGCGGCAAAUCUGAGAAUUUCCACAGGAGCACAUGGUAAUGUUCAAUCAUUGCACUUAUAUCCCUGGAACAGCCACCUCGUGGAAGGAUUUCAACUUGUCGAAGAGAGGCUGAAUCAAGAUGAUGGUAAGAAAGUAAGAGUGAUGGAAGCAUUUACAGAAGAGCUGCAGCUUCUUCAAAUUCAGAGAGCAGUUGAAGCUUCGGCCAACGUGUCCAAAAGGAGGGGGCCUACCAGAGUUAAUCAAAGUAAAGGAAGUCCAGCCGCAGGAAGUUCAGCCAGAGGAAGCCAAACUCAAGAACAAAGUCCUGGCAAAGGGCAAGGUCCCGCUGUAGGAGGAGGCUUACUCAGUAGCAGAGACGGAUCUAGCGCAGGAGGCCCAGUCAAUGCAGAACACCCAUCCAGUGCAGAACGCUCAUGCAGUGCAGAAUGCCCUUCCAAAAAACCGAGCUCAGGUAGAGGACGUCCUCCGCUUCACCCUGGCCCACCCGCGGCCUUAGCUAGCAGAAUAGCUCAAGAAGAUGCUGCUCACCCUACAGCAGGAGCACCUUCAACGUUUCAAAAGGACACGGGUCUCAUUGCACAGGGCACGCCUCAACCAACUCGUACUACGACUACAGUCCGAACAGAUGCCUCUCAGACUGCGGCAAUACCUGGAACUGGGCCUCGGAAGGAUGAAGUAUCUCAGGUCCGUGUUACAAGAUCAGAGGUAGCAGCAGCUCGAACGUUAAUGGCGGCUAGAGUUGGAUCACAUAUCAAAGAGAAAUUAAGAGCAACAUUGGAAUCUACCAGAACCGGGUCGCAGACUGCAACUGAAACAGAACCACCAUCUCAAUCUACCGCAAAUUCAUCUCGGUCAACGAGUCGAACAGAUCUAUCGCCUUCACUGGCGGCAGCAAAAUCCGAACCUCCAACUGGAUCAGAUAUGCCAUCCGAAACCUCAGCGCCGAGACACCAGAUUCCAACCAAUGAAAAUGCGCCAGUCUAUUCUGUAGUCUCCGAGAGAGAGAUGGAGCGGCUGCAUAGCAGGAUACGCGAGACAGCAAACAGACGGAUAGACCCAGCGCUCGCGACACCAAAUCCCGAUCUCAUCCUAAUCGAAAGCCUAGUCACCAACCCUGCCACCCCAUCCCAACUCUCCACCUUCCGACGCAAAAUCCAGGCCGAACCCACCUUCCGACAUCUGCUCUUAGAGCGCUAUGCCAGAUAUACAUUGGAGGAACCUGUGAAGGCGGUGCGAUUACACACCGUGACGGGGAGUUUGGUGGGUGGGCCUAGAUAUACGAGGGCCGCUUUGGGGGCGUUCGGGCUGGAGACUGAAGUUGAGUUCGCAGCUGCGACUAGAUGGGAACAAAGCAGAGGGAGAGGUGGACGUGGAGGAAGAGCAGCUAUGCGACUUGCAGAGCUUGCAUUAGCGCCAGACAUAUCAUUACGGCCUGGGCCUGUUGCUCGGUCUGGAGCGAAUAUUACACUGGGAGGAGGCAUAGGUGGAAGAGGCGACCGAGCAGGACGAGGCCCCGGUCGAGCAGGAAGAACUGGAGAGGAUGUCGGACGGCUUCAAGCAAGCGAAGGUCAGGCAAUAAACAGGGAGAUCGCGGCACCUCAACAAUCCUCCGUACCCCUGCCAUCCGCGAAUGCUCGUCUUAUUGAACUGGUAGCGAAUAAUGAAGCGACGCCGUCUCAGAUCCGGUCGUUUGAACAGAAAAUCCAAAAUGAUGCACUAUUUCAAGAUAUAGUUCUUGAUCGGAUACAAGAGUACUAUGUCACCUCGUCGUGGGCUGAGCCAUUGUGUCUGAGGACUCUGAUGACGCAUAUUUGGAUUGACAAGACGAUAGCGCGUGUUUCUGUUGAUGAAGAAGGCGGAGAUCAAGCUGGACAAUUCUCAGGACCUGAACAUCGGGCCGGUGCGAGUAAUAGGGGACCUCCGGCAGGUACUCGUGCUGCGGCGGCGGAUGAAGUGGUUCAGGGAUCAGGCAGACUCGUGAGGUCUUUGUCUGAUUUGCUGGAAUCAUCAAAGCCUAGCCGAUAG